AUGAAAGUCAUGAGGUUAUGUAUCUCGUUGAUGGCAAUGUCAAUGCUAUCGUCCGUGAUAGCAAAAAAACAUUGGUCUUAUGAUGCCCAUGCCACAUUCUAUGGCGACAUGUCGGGUGCUGAAACUAUGAAGGGUGCGUGCGGGUACGGCGAUCUGUUUAAGGAUGGGUACGGCCUGAAUACGGCGGCGCUGAGCACGGCGCUGUUCGAGGACGGCGCGGCCUGUGGCGCGUGCUACGAGAUCGAGUGCGUGAACUCGCCAAAGUGGUGCGCCCCGAGGCGCCGCAUCUCCAUCACCGCCACCAACUUUUGCCCGCCCAACCCGGCGCUGCCCAACGACGCCGGCGGGUGGUGCAACCCACCGCGGAAGCACUUCGACCUCUCCAUGCCCAUGUUCGUGGAGAUCACCAAGGACUACCACGCAGGGAUCGUCCCCGUACGCUACCGCCGCGUCCCCUGCUUCAAGCGCGGCGGCAUCCGGUUCGAGCUGAAAGGGAACCCCCAUUUCCUGUUGGUGCUGGUGUACAACGUGGCCGGCGCUGGCGACGUGAGGGCGGUGCGAGUGAAGGGGGAGAGGACGGAAUGGAUGUGGAUGCAGAGGAACUGGGGGCAGAACUGGCACCUCCACGGGCAGCCGCAACUGGUAGGUCAGGCGCUGUCCUUCCGGGUCACUGUCAGCAAACACAAGUCGGUGAGUUCUGACAACGUCGCGCCGGCGCAGUGGCAGUUCGGGCAGACCGUGGAGGGCAAGCAAUUCUAA